AUGAUGCUAUACCGUGUGUUGUAUUUACUGACUAUGCUGCUAAGUGUUGCUUCUGUGAGUGUGGCCUCUGGAGAGCUUACUGGUACAGGCGUACUAAAUGAUAGGGGUGAGACAGGCCCUGCUGGUCCUGUUGGUGCUGCUGGUACUUGUUCUUCUGGUCCACAGUGUCCUUCUGCUCGUAGUCAAGAUGAAGAUUCUCACACUAAUUGCGCGGAAGCUGCUAAGAAGAAUUGUACUACCGAUGGUGGUGACACCCAAGAGAAUUGUGUUGCUGAUUCUCUUGCUCGUUGUACAACACCAAAGGAACCAGCUCCAACUUUACACAAGGAACCUAAUUCACUUACUAAACAACCUGAUUCAGGUGCUACUGUGAACGGUAUUGUUGGUGGUGUUUCUUCUCCUGAUCGUCCUGAGGCACCUGGUCUACCUGCUUCUUCUUCUUCUGCUGAGGAGAGUCCUGCUCCGACUGAAGGCGACAGUCAACAUGAAGGCAGCGGCAGCAGUGCAGCAGGUGAAGGUGUAGCAGAUAAUGCGAAUGCUGAGGCAACACAACCUUCUUCGUCUUCUUCCAGCAGUUCAGAGAGAGAUAAUGCAAGUGGUUCUGAUACUACAAACGCUGGAAAUGGCACUACUUCUCCAGUGGUUGAACCUCAAACUAACUCAUCUAAUGUGGAAAAUACAGAAACAACCACUACCACCACCACCACAACAACAACAACAACACUUCCUCCUGAACUCACAAACAACAAGAAGGGUGAUGCAGACAGCAGCAGCAGUAUCAGCAGUUCUGUGUGGGUGCGUGUACCACUACUGAUUGUGGUUACACUGGCCUGUAUUCUU